GGAUGUGUGGUGUGGGUGACUUUUCGGUCUGAGGACGGUGGUGAACGUACUUGGAAGAAUUUCAAGCCACGUAAGUAGUCAUGUGACUUGAAAUUUUCGCAUCAAGCAUGUGAUGCGAACUACAUUGAAGAGGAAAUGCGUUGUAGGCUAAUGCAUCAAGAGUAAAGGUCUCGAAUGUCUGUGUGUGUUGUGGAAAGCAUGGAUGUUGUUGAAAUGACCCACCCAAGCUUCAUUGUCAACCGGCCAGUUUUUAAUCAGGAGUCUUUAGAAGCCUAUCUACAUGAGAAGGAGAAACCCAAGCUACGUAGAAGCGCAAAGGUGCUUCGAUAUUUUCGUUGCACAUCCAAGAGGGCCAAGUCAAUACUCUUCAGGUUUGUCCCCAUUCUGGAAUGGCUGCCUCAAUAUCCAGUGAAGGAGUAUUUGUUCGGAGACUUAAUUUCUGGUUUGAGCACUGGAAUGAUGCAGCUACCUCAAAGUUUAGCUUAUGCCCUGUUGGCAGCUGUGCCACCUGUGUUUGGGCUCUAUUCUGCAGUUUUUCCUGUUUUGUUAUACAUGGUCUUUGGGACUUCAAGACACGUAUCAGUAGGUCCCUUUGCAGUAAUCAGUUUGAUGGUUGGUGGUGUUGUUAUAAGACUUACACCUGAUCAAAUGUUUGAUGUUACUUCUAUGAAUGCAACUAAUUACACUGGAUUUCAUGAAACGAGAGCUGCAGUGAGAGUUAAAAUAGCAGCUGCAACAGCUUUUCUUUCAGGAAUUAUGCAGUUGUGCCUUGGGCUUAUACAAUUUGGGUUCGUGGUUGUUUACCUGGCAGAACCUGUAGUGCGAGGUUUCACUGCUGCUGCAGCUUUGCACGUGUUUGUGUCCCAGUUGAAGUAUCUUCUGGGAAUCAAAACUAAAAGGUUUGGUGGGCCACUCUCAGCAAUUAAUACUUUUAUUGCUGUGUGUACUAAUAUUAAAGGAAGUAAUGUUACAGCAGUAGCUGUUGGGGCAAUUUGUAUUGUCUUCCUGCUGGUGGUAAAAGAAAUAAAUUUACGAUACAAAGAUAAGCUUCCAGUUCCCAUCCCUGUUGAACUUAUCAUGGUAAUUAUUGGCACCGGUGUUUCUGCUGGGAUGAACCUGCAUGAGAACUAUGACGUGAAUGUUGUUGGUCGUAUACCUACUGGUUUGAGGGCUCCAGUUCUACCUGACUUCAAUCUACUGUCUGAAAUAUUCAUGGAUUGUAUUACAAUUGCAGUAGUUGGAUUCUCAAUGACUGUAUCAAUGGCAAAAAUAUUUGCUAUGAAGCAUGGUUACAGCGUAAAUGGUAAUCAGGAACUUAUUGCAUUAGGUAUUUGCAAUACUUUUGGAUCCUUUUUCGAAACAUUUCCUGUCACCACCUCAAUGUCUCGAAGCCUUGUACAAGAGAGCACUGGAGGAAAAACUGAGAUUGCUGGCGGAAUAUCUGCUUUAGUUGUGUUGUUGAUCAUUGUUGCUUUUGGUUAUCUCUUCGAAACUUUACCUCAGACUGUGCUAGCUGCAAUUGUAAUGGUGAACCUGAAAGGGGUACUUAAGCAGUUCCGGGAUAUACCAUCUCUUUGGCGAAUCUGCAAAAUUGAAUUUGCAUUGUGGACUGUAGCAUUUUCAUCCUCUUUCAUUUUGGGAUUGGACUUUGGACUCCUGGUUGCAAUGUUAUUUGCCAUUAUUACAGUUGUUUACCGAACUCAAAGUCCUAAGAGCGGAAUACUAGGUCAGAUACCUAAUACGGAUAUCUACUUGGACAUAGAGGCGUAUGAGGAGGUACAAGAAGUCCCUGGAGUAAAGAUAUUCCAAUCGAAUGCCUCUCUUUACUUUGCAAAUGUUGAUAUGUAUGUGAAUGCUUUGUAUAAAAAGACUGAAAUAGAUCCAGCUGCAAUAUUAUUGGCAAAGAAAAGACUCGAAGCAAAAGCUAAGAAGAAAGCUCGGUUGGUGGAAAGAAAGGGAAGAAGUAUCCUAAAAUGGGGAAAUAGAAAUAUCACAACAGAGGAUGCAAAACAGGAAGCUGGGUCUGAAGAAGUUCCAAAUGAAGCAAUUCAGAAUGGAGCUUCAAGAGUUCUGAAUAUUAUGGAAUCUGAUGCAAACGAUAAACUGACAGCCUUUAUUAAAUCAGCAGCUGACACACACAACUUAAUUCUGGAUUUCAGCCCAGUCAAUUUUGUAGACAGUGUUGGAACAAAGGUGCUUAAAAUAAUAAUAAAGGAAUAUGACAGCAUUGGAAUCAACGUCUUCAUAGCUGGAUGUAGAGACUCUGUUGUGGAAAAUCUGACUAGAUUGAAUUUUUUUGACAAAUCAACUCCAAGAAGUCUCCUGUUUCAUUCUGUGCAUGAUGCUGUUCUUCAUUGUCAGGAAUUAGCAUCUCUAAGAGGAGGCUCCUCCACAGAAAUGUCCUCCUCUUGAACUGACUGUUGCUGAAGUAAAGUUAUUUAUUACAGUACUUCAUUUUGAUGCAGACUACCUAGAAACUAUAAAAAUUACCAGAAAAUAUCACCUCACUUUCAAGAGUGGUAACUGUUUCAAGAAUGUUAGAGGAAAUUAUCCCAUCAAGACUAGUUUAAUCGUUUGUACCACAUAUGUGGAUUUUAAAUUAUUUUCAUUUUGGUAAGAGUUUGAGAUGUGAACAACUUCUAUAGUGCCUGAUGGCUGUUAGUAAUCACUUUUUCUGAACUUCUGUUUUAAUGUUUAAAUUUAUUUUCAUUAUAUGCCUGCAUAAAGAUCUAUAUCUAUGUAUGUGAUGUUUGUCACACUGGAAUGGAAGACAAUCAAACCAAAUGAUUCGCUUUUCUGUUUUUUUUUCUUGUUCAUCACUGCCCAAAUUGCUCCCUUCUUUACUUCUGUCAGAAAGAUUAAUUUUAUAAAAUCUGAGCUGUAUGGAGUAGUAGUUAGCCUUCUAAACAAAGGUACUGCUCCCACAUUCUUCUUUACUCCUUCCGGUGCACCGAGAGUCAAGUGGAACCACCAGUUUGUGUCCAAUAUAUAAACAACCAUUGGGUAGCUUUUCAGAAUGUAACUUUAAUUGCCCUGUGUAAAAAUGAUAUUUAAAAAUAGCAAAACUUGAAUGUAUAUGUUUUAAUCGCCUCAAUUAAGUUGGUCAUUAAUGUGCUUUUGUUUUUGAUGCCUUGGUGAUCCAUCAUUUGAAAUUUCAGCCCCAUAAAUUGGUGCUAUUGUUAAAACAUCUAGACAGUACUUCAUCUGGUCUUUUUAUAAACUUUGCAGAGGUGAUUUAUUAUCUUAAGCUUAACUCCUUUCCUACCCCCACCAUUCACUCAAUGUCAUGUACCAUUAAAACCCAUCUGUACUUCUGCUCUGCCAUGCACACAAUGGAUUAAUGAUUCCAAACUCACUCUCGCACCUAUCCAGACAUAACCGCUGAAGAAAAAAUUAUUUGGUAAACAUCAUUCUGUUAAACAAUCAGAAAUAUAAUUCUGACUGGCUCAUUCCUAUUGACUUCUCUUUGUAAAAUCCUUUGACAUGAUUUCAUGCCACUAAGGUAACAAAUGUGUAUCAUAAACUUAAGUUACAGACCUUUUUAAUAUCUUUUCUGCAUUUUUAAGAUAUGUUACAUUCCCUAACAGGAUUUAAAAAAAAGUUUGUUUCAGUGCUCCUUGCUAUGUUUUCAUUUAGGUGAUAAAGAAAAACAUUACUGCUCUUAUGUCUCUUAGUCCCUUUUUUAACUUAAUUUAAAGGAAUGAAAUUGAAUCCACUGAAAUUGAAUUGGGGAUUAAAAGCUAGAUCACUUCUUCCUGCCCCCACCCCCAAUCAUCUGUCAAGCAAUUCUGAGGCCAAAUGUAGUGUUCUUUGGCCUAUUCCACCUGAGGUUAGAUGUCUUGCAGACCAUGUACAAACAAUGCUGGAUUUUGUUUCUGAUCAUUGUUCCUCCAACUGCAAAAUUGGGUUUUGAAAUAGUGUAAUUAAAGUUUGCUCAAACUUUAUUGCUUCUGCUAUCCCCAUACCCAUCCAUCUGUCUAGUUUAUUUAUAUUUAUUUAUUUGUUUUUUAAAAAACUUUUUGAAUUUCAUCUAAAUCUCUCAGGCUGUUUUUAUCACUAUUUUGGGAAGUCACUUUAUACAUUUAAAAUGUUAUCCCAAAUUAACAGUGCAUUAUUGGUGUGAUUUUACAAAUCAUUAGGUGUUAUUUAAAAUGGAGAUACAACCAAUAAUUUUUUCUUAAAAUGUAUAUUCUGCAAGUUUUCAGUAACAAAUAUAGGUGAUUUUAGUUGCUAAAACUGCUUUACCACUUUUUUGGCUUCUCCAGCUAUAUUUUACAUUUGUCUGCAAACUAGUUUCUUGCAUGCAGAGUGUAUAUCUAACAGAUCAUGCUUACCAGUGUGUUCUGUAGAUUGGUGAAAU